UACCAACAAUACAGCGAUACAGUCUUUGCAUAUGGUUUAUCGUAGAGUGUCAUUUCUAGUCUUCUCCACUGGGACCUGUAGCGUAGUAGCCUAAUACUGUAAUAAUAAUAAUGGAGUCAGCUGUUGUAUCUCUGUGACGUUAUUCCAAAACGCGGGUGGAGGUUUGACUCUGGCCGCCACCCGUCCGUCUGUGUUAUCACAAUCACGGGGAUGAUGUUGAGAGUCGGGGGUUUGCCUGUCUCCUGAGACCACGCUGACAGGUCAUGGCCCAACAACGCUUCAGUGUGGCCGAGGAGAGGAGCGGUCACUGUGCCGCCAUGGAUCAGCACUGUCUCUACGUGUGGGGGGGAUACGUGACAAUUGAACAGAAUGAAGUUUACCUUCCUAACGAUGAGAUCUGGGUCUAUAACACUGAGAAUGGUUUAUGGCAGAUGCACUUAACAGAUGGCGUCCUGCCCCCCUCCAUGUCCGGCAGCUGUGGAGCUUGUUUGAAUGGAAAGCUGUAUAUAUUUGGUGGUUACGAUGAUAAGGGCUACAGCAACCAGCUGUAUUGUGUGGAUCUGCGCUCUGGCAUUGAUAAAUUCCUAUGGAAGCAAAUAAAGUAUUUUGAGGGUCAACCACCGACUGCCCGGGACAAACUUUCCUGCUGGGUUUAUAAAAACCAGUUAAUCUAUUUUGGAGGCUAUGGAAGCCGAAGACACAAUGAACUCAGUGACUGCUUUGAAGUUCAUGAUGCAUCAUGGGAAGGUCAGAUGUUUUGGGGAUGGAACAAUGACAUAAAUGUUUUUGACACUGAGAAAAAAGCCUGGAUACAGCCAGCAAUAAAGAACACCCCCCCUCAAGCCCGUGCAGCCCAUUCCUGCGCCCUCCUUGGAAAUAAAGGAUACAUGUUCGGUGGCCGUGUACUGCAAACACGGAUGAAUGAUUUGCACUUUCUGAACCUGGAUACAUGGACUUGGUCUGGAGGGAUCCAGAUUAAUGGAGAAAAACCACUUGGCAGGUCGUGGCAUACCUUAACACCUGUUGGAGAUAACCAGUUAUUCCUUUUUGGAGGUCUGAGUGCAGAUUGUAUACCACUAAGUGAUGGAUGGAUGUAUAACCUCAAAACCAAUGUUUGGACAGAGUUUAGCCACUUACCUAAAGAUCAGCCAAGAAUAUGGCACACAGCUUGCCCUGGAAGAGACAAUGAAGUGAUGGUGUUCGGUGGCAGUAAGGACAACCUUCUCUCCAUAAACACUGGCCAUUGUAAUGAUUUGCUGAUCUUUCAAACAGAGCCGUACCCGCUGCUCAGGUUAUGCCUGGACACCAUUGGGAAAAAUUAUAUCCAGUUGAAAAACCAGAUAUCCUCCUUACCCGUAAAGCUUCUCCAGCAGGUCAACCAGAGAAUCACGUUCUGGACAGCGUCCAGGUUCCGCCAGGGCAGGAGAGAACAUUAUGAGAUCAAUAACAACAAGGGCUGAUGGCGGCAUCUCAUACAAAGUCUAUUUGCACUUGUUUUUAACCUCUCGAGGGAAGCAUGAACAUGAAAUGCAGUGUUGUGUAGGGCUGAUUUCUGUAAAUUACUAAAGCAAACCAUUUUUCUUGUUUAUAAAUGUUUUGUAUUUGGUUGCAGAUGUUUAAGUCAAAUAAGGCAGGACGCUAGAAAUGUAAGAUGGCUUCCAUACCGAUAUGGUGAUUUGCUGGUAUCGGGCCAUUUGUCACAAACAGCACAUAGUAGAUUUGGGAAUGAUAAGGGAAUAGCUAUAUUGCAUUGUAUAGUAUGCACAAAUAUGGAGGAUGAACAUAGGCAGCACCUCCCAGGGAUCUCCCUAUCAACAAGUACCUUUAUCUACGGGCAUAUUUAAUAAGGGUCUGUUCACAUCACAUCUCAGGUCUACAUUCUGCACAUAUUUCAUACCACGCCUUGUCCCACAUGUUAAUAUAAGAAAAAAAAAAGUAUUCUGUAGUAUAAACAUUUUUACAGUGUCCAGCUGUAUAGUAAAGCACACAAGGUGUAGGAAAGGGGAAUACCUUAUGUCUUGCUUCAUUCAUAGAGAGAAUAAGUCCUGCUUUCCCCAACCCACCUAAAGAGAAAGCCUGUGAGUCCUUCUUUCCCCACCCACUCAUAAAGAAAGGCUGUGAGUCCUUUUUUCUCCACCCACUCAUAGAGAAAGCCUGUGGGUCCUUCUUUUCCCACCCACUCAUAGAGAGAGCCUGUGAGUCCUUCUUUCCCAACGUACCUAAAGAGGAAGCCUGUGAGUCUUCUUUCCCCACCUACCUAAAGAGUAAGGCUGCGAGUCCUUCUUUCCCCACCCACUCAUAGAGAAAGCCUGUGAGUCCUGCCUUCCCCAACCACUCAUAGAGUAAGCCUGUAAGUCCUGCCUUCCCCACCCACCUAAAGAGGAAUCCUGUGAAUCCUUCUUUCCCCACCCACUCAGAGAAAGCCUGUGAGUCCUGCUUUCCCCACCUACUCAUAGAGAAAGCCUGUGAGUCCUGCUUCUCCUACCCACUCAUAGAGAAAGCCUGUGAGUCCUGUUUUCCCCACCCACUCAUAGCCAGAGCCUGUGAGUCCUGCUUUACAGGCUUUCAUUGGGAGUGGGCAGGGGAAGCAGCAUUCACAUGUUUUCUUUUUAAGAUGAUGAGGGUAGCAGAACCUCCAGGCUUUCUCAAUGAGUUCUCACAAUAUUUAAUGUUGCUUUAAAAUACUGGAGUAAAUAAUAGAAAACUAUAUCCCUGAGCUCAGCAACUCUCCCUAUAUCCUAUGCUCAGACAGCGUAGCACCCCUCCCCCUCCUACAGAUUUACAAAAUACACUUCAACAUUCUAGAUCUCUCCAACCCAUUUUUAUGCUGCUAAAUUUCGAUUUCUCUUGCUCAUGAUGUUGGAGCACCGAUUGAAAUACGAUAAAAAACAUUUUUUUACGUUUUGUCGAGGCCUCUAGUUGAAGGUAUACGGAAAUGAACAUUUCGAGAAGCUCUAGGAGUAAAGGGUGCAGAGUGCAGUGGCCCCCCCCCCCUUUUUUUUAUCUUUUUAUAAAUUUGUGGGGAUCUCUGUUCACUUGCACCUUCUGAUGCGUUCAUCAGACAUGAAAGGCACAUUUUAGGUGGACUUCCCCUUUAAGAAUUGAACUUUAGCCCAUACUAUUUCAGACAUCUGGUGUCCUGAGAUAAUUUCGCCAUAGUUACAGACAACACUAUUGUUUGCCAAGGGAUCUGUCAUAUUUAUUUCCGCACAGAAGAGGCGUCCAUUUUGUGGUCUAGAAUAUAUAUUUAAAGGGAACGGUUGACAUUUAGUCUGUCAUAUUUGCAAGACAGCCUGUCAGGGACUGAUGCUAAUACCCAGUUAUGUGUCUAGAUCAAUGGCCUCCAAACUGUGGUGUUGCAAAACUACAACUCCCAGCAUGCCCGGACAGCCAACGGCUGUCCGGGCAUGUUGGGAGUUGUAGUUUUUUAACAGCUCAAGGUCCACAGUUUGGAGGCGUAGGUAUCUAAACCAGUGUUUCAGAACCUGUGGCUCUCCAACUGUUCCAAAACUACAACUCCCAGCAUGCCCUGACAGCGGAAGUUGAGAGACUUGGUUUUAAAACAGCUAGAGAACCACAGGUUAGUGAACACUGGAAAAGACCGCACCCAAGAUGGAUCAUGCUUACUGGCCCUUUAAAUGGUACAUAGCUUCUAUUAUAGGUACCAAUAAUUGCACUUUUUAUCCUUUUAAGUAUUGUUAUUGUUAUUAAUUGUGAAAAAUAACUCUUCCUGUUAUUUUUUUUUUCUCCCCCCCCAGACUACUCUUGGGUCUAUUUAAAUUAUAUUUUUUGUAUAAUGUGUUAAUUUUCUGUAUUUCUGUCAAAAGAUUAUAUAUUUUAUAUUUUUAUGUAAAGGGGAAAAAAGGGUUCACUAUGCUGUUUAAAGGGAUUUGGUCAUAAUUGUCACUCAGAGGUGUUCUCAGGCUAUGUUUCUACUUGUUUGGAGAAAAAAAACAAGAAAAAACGCCUAAAAAAUCACCAGUGCAAUUUCCUGCGCCUGGCAUUUUUUCUGGCGUUUUUUUAAUUUGUGUGGAAAUUUCAUUUUUGCCACCUUGGCAGUUUUUCCAGCCUUUCCAAGUUGGAUUUUUUGAACUUUUUGGCUGACUCCAGAGAAAAUGGCUGCUGUUCCUCUUCCUGGGAACAGCCCCUUUUUUUCACAGGUGAAAAAACGCCAAAGAAAAUCGCCAAAUGCAAAACAUAAGUGGCGUUUUUAAUGGCGUUUUUU